GAGUGCGUGACCCCGCGUGGUGUUUUCUCUCUCUGCUCUCCACGUUAUUCUUCCCUCGGUCACCACCACGUUAAGGACCUCGACAACGCAGUUAACCGAUACGUGAGAACCGUAUCUUGCCGCUGACUCGGCGGAAAUCGUAUAUUGUUAUCUCUGUUUUUUCUGUACGCGCCUGCUCGCUGCUGGUGACUUUCAUUGAUACCGUUGGAAACCUCUUUUUUCAAACACGCGUCUUCUCGCGUUUGUGCUGGUUAAUUUUUUCACGCGAGAUAUAUCGAACGUAGUCGAAUGUCGCCGUUCGAUCCGCGAUCGCAUUCGGACCCGCGCUCACAGAUUCACGAGUAACGACCAUUCAAACGCCAACAUUUUUUGCGCGCGUGCUUUCGUAGAAAGUUUCGAAGAGUUGUGCCAAGUGUGUCGAGACCGUCUGUAGUUCGAAUCAAAUUUGUGCCGCGUGAUACAAGCAACAACUACCGAGUGAUUCACUUCCGGACUCGAGGACUACGAGUCAUCGAUCAUUCUCACAGCUAGGAAGUAUCGUACAGCUUUGACAGGCGACUUGGACGGAACAACAGAAAACACGUGAGACUGAGGAUCGUCAGGGGCAGCCGUGAUCGAGGUGCACGUUCGAACGGACUCGCGUGUAAAUGCUUCGAAGGCCACCGUGUUACAGGCAUUCAUCCGGUUGACAGAGGUCCGGGUUGCUUCGACUUGGAGAACGAGCCUGUCGACUGACUGCGCAUCGACCGAUACCUUCUAACGAAGAAGGAAGGUGGUGGGAUUACGGUGAACCGCAAGAACGGAUCUUUGGCUUGGACAAGCUACUGGCGGUGCCAGAUCCGCGCAUGCUUCAGCAACGAGGCAGUUCAGCAACGACACCACCCGCGACGUCAUCCUCCAACAUGUUCCCCCAACAAUAUUGCCUACGAUGGAAAUACCAUCACAGCAACCUACAGACCAUGUUCUCACAGCUGCUCGAGCGACAAGCUUAUUGCGACGUCACUUUAGCCUGCGAGGGCAAGACUCUCAGAGCGCACAAGGUAGUUCUAUCAGCGUGCAGCACGUACUUCGACACGAUCCUGUCUCAGUACGAGGAGAAGGAUCCCAUUGUCAUAAUGCGGGACGUCAAAUUCUCAGACAUCAAAGUCCUCGUCGAGUUCAUGUACAAGGGAGAGAUUAACAUUGAUCACACGAGAUUGUCGUCCCUGCUGAAAACCGCGGAGGAUUUGCAUAUCAAGGGCCUGGCCGAGGUGAGCUGGCGUAGCGAUUCCACGCAAAAUGAUCUAGGAAACAGCGGUCACAGUCCCGGCGCGGCGACUCCAGGUGUCGAGACGGUCCUCAGGGAAGGUGACGCCGACGAACCACCACCUCCGAAACAAAGACGCAGAGGGCGUCCGCCUCUGGACGACCCACCCUCGGCUCACGACGUUUUCACACCGAAAAUUACAUGUAUCACCGGAAAUGAGGAAAUGAUGAGCGAGGGCGGUGACCACGAGAGUUGGGACGACGAAAUGAUGAUGAAUGAAAAUAACGAAACGCCACUGCCGGUGCUAUCGUACAUGUCGAAGGAUGACAACGCAUCCGACCAGGAAAAGAAAGCGCCUACCACUCCCUCGAAUUCCAACGCCACGAACCUAUCGAUCCCCGAGCAAUUCCGAGACGUCGUGAAGAUGAACGAUUACCUGACGACGGGACGCCGCCAAGAGUUCUGGGAGGAGCCGUUCACGCGACGCGUUAUGGAUGCCAUUAAGAGCAAAGAACUGGAAAUGAAGACUGCUGCCGAGAUACUUGGCGUGUCUUAUGGAACCCUCUACGGCAGAUAUCGCGACAGUUAUGGUUGCCUUAAACAUCCGUAUAGAGUAAGGGACUUUUGGUCAGAACCUGGGCCAGCGGAAGUGUUAGCCAAACUACGAAGGAAAGAGAUCACGUUGUUCCGCGCAGCCGAGUUCCUUAACGUGACCGUCCACACGUUGGCAACCUAUUUGUCAACGCUACAGGGUCCAGACAGGAUUUCGCUGGCCGGUGACUUGAGCGUUGCGUCGGGCGCCAUCGACGGCAAUAACGAGACUCCGGAGAACAACGAGUCGGUGAACGAUAUCCUGCAGAAGAUCAACGCGAACGCGGCCACGACAGCGACACCGACAACCUCGACUCCCAUCAAGAGAGAGGGAGGCGGCUACAUCGAGGUACCGACGCCCGUCCCAAAGCCAGCAACCUCGGUGCUCGAAAACAACCCAGAUAUCACGAUCGUGAAAACAGAAGGCAUGCCCCGCAAACGGGAGUACGCGAAAGUUUCGAACACGGAGAACAACAACGCGAAACUGAUGAGCGGCGGCGCUGUUAGCGAGGUGACGCAACAACAGCAACAACAACAACAGCAAAAGAUCACCGAUCCGUUGUCGUUGAACAACGACAACAGCAAACCCUAACUAUUCAGGCCUUAUCUGCAACCGGCGAAUCCCCGUGCACCGAGCGCUAACUACAGAUCCGAGCUGUGCCC